AUGGCAAGUCCUAUAGAUUUUAUCGCUGGUUGUGUUGGAGGUAGGCAUUCCUGGACUACCAUACCUGUUAGACCACUGGCUAUAAGUGUAUCCACUUUUUCAGGUGCGGCCGGAGUGCUGGUGGGCCACCCGUUGGACACCAUCAAAGUGGUGAUGCAGACCAGUGCUAAACGGCUGUCCAUGAAGUCAGUAUUGGCCGACCAUUCGGUUUUCUCAUUAUACCGGGGUAUAUGCGCUCCGCUGACAGGCCUCACAGCCAUCAACGCCAUCGUGUUUGGCGUCUACGGAUCGCUCAUCAAACGCAUGGACGAGCCCAGCCUACUAUGGCAAGCGGGCGCCGGCUGUGCGGCCGGUAUGUCCCAAACGCUCAUCAGUUGCCCCAUUGAGCUCAUCAAAACCCGGGCCCAACUCAGAGCACAACCAGUCAUGACAUGCCUGCGAGAGACUAUCCGCAAAGAGGGAGGCCUACGAGCCCUCUAUAGGGGUUACGGUGCGACUCUGGCCAGGGAUGCGCCGGCGUUUGCCAUGUAUUUCGCGUGCUAUGAACUUCUACUCAAGAUGUCUGUGUCUAAGAAGUCCGACUCCCCGUCCACUCUAUUACUACUGAUGGCCGGGGGAACAGCCGGCGCCGUCUCAUGGCUGGCCAGCUAUCCGCUGGAUGUGAUUAAGUCUCGCAUACAGGCGGACACGACCUAUAGAUCGAUGAGACACUGCGCCCGACACUCCCUGUCCCAGGAAGGGGUCAAUGUGUUUGUACGCGGAAUGACCCCUACGCUCGUACGGGCUUUCCCUACCAAUGGGGCCACGUUUGCAGUGGUCACCUGGACUUUAUGGUCAUAUGAGACCUACUAUUGUGAUGAUAAUCAUACGAAAAGUGGCCAAAAUGUACUCGAGUAG